UCAGUCCCGUCCCCCAUCACUGUAUUCUCAUGCUAAGAGCGGGGGCCACACACACACGGAUUCCUGCCUGUCCUGCAGUAGUAGCAGCAGCAGCAGCAGCGUUGGCAGGAAUAAAAAGUGGGGAGAAGAGAGGACCCUCGCCUGUCCCGCGGCUCUUCCAGGAAGCGGCCGGUCUGCUGCUGCGAAGCGGCCGAUGCCCCAGGCCGGCCUGCUGGAAGGGGAGUGGCUGCAGCCGGGCAAGGCGGGACUGAAUCCGGAGAGGCGAGUCCUGCGGGAGCAGCAUGGCCGGGCGGGGCUGCGCCUCCGGGCAGGUCGGGAGGCACCUCGGGCCGCCGCAGGAGGGGGGGCAGGGCGCUGGGAGGAGGCGCCGCCAGCAGCAGCAACAGCAGCAGGAGCAGCACGAUGCAUUCCCGGUCCCUUAUUCAUCCCUUUGGCCGCCGCCGGCGGCCUGGGCUUCCCCCGCCGCUCCGGGCUUGGCAGAUCACCGGGGGCUGCGGCGGGGCGCGGAGGAGGAGGCAGGCGAGCAGCAGCAGCAGCCCCCGUGGCGGGGGCGGCGGCCCACCGCGAUGGAGCCCCCCGAGCGGGGCUUCUGGAGGCGGCGCCGGCGCAGCGGCCGCCCCCGCCUUCUCCGCGCGCCCUGGUUCCUCUUCUGGCGGAGCCUGCCCCGGCGGCAGUGUGGUCUGCUGGCGGCCGGGCUGACCUGCUGCACCAUCCUGGCCUUGUACGCCGCCAGCAGCCUGCAGGACCUGCCGCUGCUGUGGCGGCACGAGGACGAGGACGAGGUGGCGACGACGACGGUGCUGCUGUGGUGGGAGCCCUUCGGGCGCAGCCGGAGCCUGGGCGACUGCCGCCGGCGCUUCAACAUCAGCGCCUGCCUCCUCACCACCGACCGCAGCCGCCACCUGGAGGCGCAAGCCAUCCUCUUCCACCACCGCGACCUCAUCCAGCGGGGCACCGGCCAGCUGCCCCGGCUCAGGGCCCCCAGCCAGCGCUGGGUCUGGAUGAACUUCGAGUCGCCUUCGCACUCGCCGGACCUCCAGGGCCUGGCGGGCAUCUUCAACUGGACCAUGUCCUACCGGGUGGACUCGGACAUCUUCGUGCCCUACGGGUACCUCCAGCCCAGGCAGGCAGCGGCCCCUUUCACGCUGCCCGCCAAGACCAAGCUGGUGGCCUGGGUCAUCAGCAACUGGAACGAGGAGCACGUCCGGGUGCGCUACUACCGCCAGCUGAAGAACUAUCUCCCCAUCGACGUUUAUGGGGCGCAGGGCCUGGAACUGAAGGGCGACAGUGUGGUCAAGACCGUCUCGGAAUACAAGUUCUACCUGGCCUUCGAAAACUCCCAGCAUCCCGACUACAUCACCGAGAAGCUCUGGAGGAACGCCUUCAAAUCCUGGGCCGUGCCCGUCGUCCUGGGCCCGCCCCGGGCCAACUACGAGCUGUUCAUGCCCGCCGAUUCCUUCAUCCAUGUCGAGGACUUCUCCAGCCCCCUGCAGCUGGCCAUUUACUUGAAAUUCCUGGACAAGAACAAGAGCAGGUACAAGAGGUAUUUCGCCUGGAGAAAGCGGUACGACGUGCAGGUGACCGCCUUCUGGGACGAGCAUUGCUGCCGGGUUUGCAAAGCAGUCAGGACUGCUGGACAGCAACGCAAGACCGUGCAAAACCUCGCCAACUGGUUUGAGAGCUGACCGGGGGGGGGGAACGGGUCAUUUUUCACAGGGCUGGGGCUGGCCUGAGGGGUGGGCAAGUCAGGGAGCCACCCUGGGUGCCUACCGGAGCUUGCUUGGUUGAAUCCACUCUCUGCCGUGAGCCAGGGAGUGACUUUCAACUUAUAACCAAAGAUCUACAGCAGUGUUCUUCAUUGUCAGGCUCCGGUGCCAGGGGCGGGCCGCCUGAACCCUAAGUGUGGCUCCUUGACGAUCGGUCCUGCAUGAGGCUUCGGCCCAAGCUGAAUACUCUGCACAGUCCCCCUGGCACCAUGUGGAGAGGACCGUGCCCACUAUGCAGUGCUGCACUUUUGCCCAGUGCCAGGCGGCUCCUUGAAGGAAAACGGAACCCUCUUGAGCCCCUGCACCAUCUUGGAAGGUGAGCACAGAGCUCUGGGAAGCCUAGCCCCUUGCCAGGCCUUUCUCCGAGAGCUCUGGCUAGAGGACUCUGUCCUAGCGCAGCCCUGUGUGGAGAAAUGGCUCUCACACUGAAGGUGUUUUGCCCCAGUGGGCCCUGCUUGGAGAAGAGUGAGGGUCACUGUCCUGCAGGUUCUUUGGCCUGCAGAAAGGAACUACCGUCAAUUACCAUGGGGGGAUACCAAAGGCAGUCCUCGCCCAGGGCGCUGUUUUUCCAAGGGCCAGCCCUGCACAAGAGACCUUUUACAAAACGCGGGGG